CUAGAUCGCAUUUGGAUACUUUCUGUCAUUUACAGUGCAUCAAAACAACAACGUUCUGCUUUCUAACUUGACGAUUUUUUUUCAGUUUACAGAACUUUAACUCGUAUCUAUAGGAAAAUGUAAAAAGGUGGUCUGAAUUACAGGCGUGAAGAAGGAAAUAUAUCUGCGAUAGGUUGUAAGCUGAAAGGGCUUCAAUGGACAAGGGCAGCAAUGGAGUUGUUCAGAAUACCGCUGUACAACAGACAUCAGUAGUAGAGCAGGAUGGGAAUAGUUUGUGUAAGGAAUGUACAAAUAUUGCCGCUGGGGAGAUUGGUGAGUUGACAGGAUCUCAAGAAAACCAAAAUCAUCAUCAUGAUCAUGAAGGCAAUCAUCACAAUAAUCAUCAUGAUGAACACUUCCAUAGAGAGGAACAUCACAUCAAUGAGAAGAUAUCAAAUCACAACAAAAUCCUCACGUCUUUCAUAGCAGGGGGCUUUGCUGGGGCAAUAGCCAAAACAACGAUAGCACCCUUGGAUAGAACCAAGAUCAACUUUCAGACCUCCAAUACAAUGAGAUUCUCAUUUAAGAAAGCCAUACAGUUCCUCAUCAAGACUUACAAAAGUGAAGGAUUUCUUGCCCUGUGGAGGGGCAACUCUGCCACAAUGGUUAGAAUAGUCCCAUAUGCUGCCAUACAAUAUACUGCUCACGAACAAUAUAAACUGCUGCUGAACAAAGGGAAAAAACGAAAAAAUUUACCACCAUUGUUGAGAGCAGCUGCCGGUUCUCUUGCUGGAGUAACUGCCACAACUUGUACAUAUCCUCUAGACUUUGCCAGGGCCAGGAUGGCAGUCACUCAUAAAGAUAGAUAUAGCAGUUUGAUAGUAUGUUUCCGGAAUGUACUGAGGGAGGAGGGUUGGAGGGUAAUGAUGCGAGGCUACACUCCAACGAUGUUCGGAUCUUGCAUAUAUUCAGGCAUCAGUUUCUUUACAUACGAAACUUUAAAAAUCGUCCAUGCAGAAUAUUCAAAGGGUGUUGACCCGACGCCCCUAGAACGUUGGUAUUGUGGAGCUGUUGCGGGUAUAUGUGGCCAGUGUACAUCAUAUCCUUUAGAUAUUGUUAGACGACGCAUGCAAACUGCUGGUGUUACUGGUCACUCAACAGAUUACACUACUAUAUAUAAAACUGCUAAGACAGUUUAUGUACAUGAAGGGCUCAAAGGUGGUCUCUAUAAAGGCCUAUCUAUGAAUUGGAUAAAGGGACCUAUAUCUGCUGGCAUUAGUUUUAUGACAUUUGAAACAGUACGAAUGUGGUUACGGAAAUUCGAAGUCUUUCACAUAGACAGUGAUGACAGCUAGGUGAUAAGUUUAUAAUAUUAAGAAAAUAUAAAUUUAUAAUGUGAUCCUAUGUUAAAGAUGUUAUUUAUGUGCACAUGUGAUUUAAAAAAUGUUUAUAAGAAUGUUUUCUUUAGAAAAAGAAAUGAUUGUUUUGUUUUAUGUUAUGUAAUUAUUGAUAUUUGUUUUUAUAAAAGUUAAUGUAGGAGUAGUGUUUGUUUACAGUCAAACCUUGACAAAUAUUUUGUCCAUUUUAACAUCUCAGAAAAUAUUCUCAUAGCAAAGUAAAAUGUGCAUUUUGAUGUGAAUGGCAUUUUGUUAUAUCAUUGUAUCAAGUUUGUAAAGUUCUUCUUUAAGGUUAGUUGUUGUGGUUAAAACUGCCAAAUGUACAAUGUAUUGGUUCUGGUAAAAGUACACAGAGUCAACUUUCAUACUUUAUACAUAGCUUUUCACAUAGCAAUUAUUACCUCCC